AGUAUUAGGGUCAUGGCGGCAGAACGCAAUCAGUUCUUCGGGUUGGAGGAAGAUGAAGAGGUUCUAGCCAAAGGCCUUGCUGCGAAGGCUCUUCUGACAACCGUUACUUAUCCGUUGACAUGCGCAAAGACCCUAAUCCAGUUGGGUCAUGAGCCGUUUGCAUUGUCUACAGGAAGGACUCUCAUUGUGGCUGGACGAAACGCUUACUUUCUUCCCAACGUUUUCAGCUAUGCUAGUCAAUUGGCACAUGCGCAUGGUCUCGGUGUUCUUUUUACUGGCAUAGACUCUGCCGUUUGCUCACUCAUAGUGCAAGGAGUCACCGCUUACCAAACCAAGAAAUAUUUGGACCAGUACUAUCCUGAAGUUGGAGGCAAGCCGGAAUUUGUUGACGUUGAUGAAAAGGAGCUUUCCGAUCAUCAGUCGUUCAAACGACAUUUGCGCUUCGCCAUUCGAGACUCCAUAAUUCGUGUAGCGACUGUGACCGUAGCAAGACCUUUGACUGUAGUGAUGAUUCGGCAAAUUGCCCAGCUUAUUGGCCACGAAGCAAAGUAUGGAGGUGUUCUCUCCAGCCUUCGCUUGAUCGGCAUCGAAGAGGGACCAGGUGGUUUGUUCAGCGGGAUUGUGCCUCAGAUAAUGGGAGAGGUAGUAAUUGUGUUUGGAACCGCUGCUCUUCUGUACGCAGCUGAAAGGGCCAUUGUGCACGCCGGUCUCUACGAAAAGACUGACAGAAAGGGUGUAAAGGAAGUUGAGGAUAUCCGCAAGUUCUCCUCCCUUGCAAUACCAUUCGUGAUCAGUUCGUUUGGUUAUCCAUAUCAAGUUGUUAGCACAGUGAUGGCGGUUGCAGGAUCGGGCCUUGCCGUCUCGUUCCUUCCUUAUGCACCAUCAUUUGUGAACUGGCAUUCUGCCUGGGACUACCUCACACCUCAUGGUCUCAAACGAGGAGCACGCUUGUUCCUUCGCGAACAAACUGGGGCUGUGUCAGUUGGCCCAGAUCACCAACUUUAUGCGAGCAACAAGUUCUUUGCUUAGACCAAAUUGUUCAUCUGAUGAUAGCUAGGAUAUGUAGCUAGUCAUAUCGUAGACGACAUUCUCUUAUAUAGCGCUAUUAUCACUACCACGUUAUGCAUACUCAUGGAUUUCGCUGUUAAAGUAAUGUUAAGCUUAUUUGACAAGAUCAUGUCCUUUUCAGGAAUUUAGGAGGCUUGUGUUCCACAAACCAUGGUGUUAGUGAAUUUGCAGAUAAGCUGUUGUAAAAAUGUGCAUUUCUCUUCUAUAACAAUGAAGUUUUGUUUAAUCUGCAAAC